UGUUUAUUUUUAGAUUUUGACAGCUCACCAUGGCACCGCCAAAAGGACGUGGACCGGAUCGUCCGAGAGGUCAUAAAGUAACUACUUUUCAGCGAUUCUAUCAGAAAUAUGUGAACUUGGAAUUCGUCAAAUCCUUGGUGUUCGAUCCAAGCCGAUUGCCAAUCGUUUCCGUGGCAAUCGUGUUGGCGGAAAUCCUCCUAAAUGUGAUCGUCGUGCAGCGAGUUCCUUACACGGAGAUUGACUGGGUCGCGUAUAUGCAGGAGUGCGAAGGAUUCCUGAAUGGGACUAUGAAUUAUGCGCUGUUGAAAGGCGACACUGGACCUCUUGUCUAUCCCGCGGGGUUCGUGUACAUCUACUCAGGACUCUACAUGCUCACAUCGCAUGGCCAGAACAUUCGGCUUGCUCAGUACAUUUUCAUCGGAAUCUACAUCGCGCAGCUAUGCCUGGUCCUGCGACUGUACUCCAAAUCAAUGAAAGUCCCUCCGUACGUGAUGGCCCUAUCCAUAUUCACUUCCUAUCGAAUCCACUCGAUUUACGUUCUUCGACUCUUCAACGACCCGAUCGCCGUCCUCUUCCUGUACCUCGCGCUGAAUCUUUUCCUGGCCCAGAAGUGGAACUAUGGCAGCGUCUUCUUCAGUUUAGCAGUUUCGGUGAAGAUGAACAUCCUCCUCUUCGCGCCGGCGGUUUUUCUGUUGUAUCUUACAAAUUUGGGAUACUUCGGGACAUUCAAGCAAUUGGUGAUUUGCGGACUGAUCCAGCUGUGGGUUGGGGCGCCAUUCCUGCUGACCUAUCCACUCGAGUACAUCAAAGGAAGUUUCGAUUUAGGACGCGUUUUCGAGCACAAAUGGACUGUUAACUACAGAUUUCUCGAUCGCGCUCUAUUCGAACACAAAACGUUUCACAUAGGCCUUUUGGCGCUUCAUCUUUCCCUCCUAACUCUAUUCGCUCCGCCUUGCUAUCGAUAUCUCCAAAGCUACUGUCGACUGAAGGAACUGGAGAGACAAUUCAAACCCCAAAUCGUUCGGGAGAAUGCCCGAAUCGCCAAAAUGAAAGGCAAAACUAACACAAAACCAAACACCGCGAAACAACCAGAAGAAAAACUAACCAAGGAACAACAAAGCUUCCUUGACUCUUUCGAAAAGUCUCUGAAAAAACCAUCAGGGCAAGUUGGACCUUCCAAUAACCAACAAAAGUUGCAAGAGGAAGAGAAGCCUCAGGAGAAGCUUUCAGUGCAGUUCGGGAAAACAGACCAAUUGGCCUUGCUUCCGUUGUUUUUGAGUAACUUCAUUGGGAUGGUGUGCGCCCGGAGCUUGCAUUACCAAUUUUACGUUUGGUACUUCCACAGUUUGCCGUAUUUGGUCUGGUGCACGGAUUUCAGCUUGGGACUGAGAUUCCUCCUUCUCGGGGUGAUCGAGUACUGCUGGAACGUGUACCCAAGCACGAAUUUCUCUAGUUUAAUGCUGCAUUGUUGUCACAUUGUCCUUUUGUACGGAAUAGGUAGGAAAUUGUUCAAAACGAAAAAUAUUAGCGAUAAAGUUAAAUAAAGAGACUUUUUGUAUGUUGUAUGUAGUAGUUUAA